AUGAUUCUGCAACGUUUCGCCGAAGAACCCAAGAAGAACCCAACGAGGAUUCGUCGUUUCUGCACAGCACCACUAGCACACCUCAUCCGCCUUCAUUCCAUCUCGGAGAAGACUCAGAUUAUAUGUGAGAUUCAAUACGUAUCUUACUGCUUGACGCUGCUUCUGUAUGCGGUGUCCCAAUUGGUGACUGAUCUAUCAUCAUCUCCAAGCUUGUGGGGAAUGAUGCGGACGGACGACCAAGUAAAUGCCUCUGUCGAAGUGUCAUGCUCUUAUUUGUCCAAAAAUGUACCUCAACAGGCAAUCAUCCAUCUUGAUAAUCUCGUCAUCUUGGCGGUCCACUUCGCCACCUUGCAUGCCGAAAAUGAGACCACGACUGCAGCCUAUGCCCAGUAG